AUGCCCCCUCUCUCUCCAUUCCUCCCCCUCUCUCUCCAUUCCUCCCCCUCUUUCCCUCCCUCCCCCCUCUCUCCCUCACUCCCUCCCCUCUAUCACUCCCUCCCCUCUCCAUCACUCCCCACCACCUCUCCCCAUCACUCCCUCUCCCAUCACCCCUCUCCCCUUCACCCCUCUCUCCUUCACCCCUCUCCCCCUUCCCUCCAUCCCUCCCCCCUCCCUUUAACACUCUAUGUAGUAGGAUAAUUUUGUAGUAGAAUAAUCUCAUGUAGUUCUAGUGAAUACACCUGAAUUAUCCAUGUUC